AUCUGAAAACCCACCAGGUGGUGUCGAUGUUGAGUCAUCAGGUUUGAAUGACAAUACUCCUAGUGUUUUCAGUGUGAACAAAACACACAGUCCAGAUAGCUAUCUCAUUGAGCAGGAGUUAUCUGCCCCUGAUUGUAGGCACCACAGCUGUUCUCCUGAAGUCUCACGUUCUUCAGAUCUUAGCAUCACACCUACUGGGCACAGAUCUAAUAGGUGUGACACAGACCAGGAUCAAAUGGCAGAAAAUCUAACAGGGAAACUUAGCAAUGAUGUGAUAACAACAACGUUGAGUGAAACUAGGGAUCUUGUGAUAGUUCCUGCACAGUUCUACACACCCUCAGUGGAGCAGUCCCAUGAAGGAGACAGGAACCGGUCCAUUUCUCCAACAGAUCCUGUUGUCCAGCCAGAGGCUUGCAGAACUAACCAAGCAAAGCAUAACCUCAUUUCUCCACAUAAAGAGGUUGCAGGGUCAGAUUUUGCGAAUAGCUCUCAUGAAAAAGAAACCAGUACUGCUGAAGAUUACUCAAAGGAAGUAAAUAGGGAGAUAACUUCAUCAAUUUUGGAAGAUCAUUCAGGCCAGACAUUAGAGAAAGGAGACCAAAAAGACAACAACAGCAAGUUAGCAAAUCUCUGUCAAGAAGUGUUACCUUCAGCCAAUCACUGUGAUAUACAUAAGAGAGCUCCAAGCCUAUCAGAACCAGCCUCACACAGCCAACCACCUGACAGUGAACUACCAUCCAGCAGUCAGUCUGAGGAAUCGUCAUUCAGUGACCAGUGCGGGGAGACUUCCUCAGCUAGAGGGACUGCCCAGUGUAAGGAUGCAGAGGUGAACCAUAACAGUGUUGCCAUGGAGACAUUUGAUGAUGAAGAGGAGGAGGAUUCGUGGGAUAAACUGUUCACUGAUGAUGGAGACUGCCUCGACCCCAAAAUCAUGGAAGAGCUGACAUCUGCUGUAGGCAGUGUCCAGGUGGAGAAGCCACAGGCACAGAAUUACUACAAGUACCAGCCCAAAGAGCCAGAUGUGGACCUGGAAGCUUAUGAUCAUGUGAUAGAAAUCUCCGAAUUCCCUGUGGAGUUUCUUACCAGAGACCUCAUAGCAGCGUUCCAGCCAUUCAUAUCUCGUGGGUUUGACAUCAAAUGGGUUGACGACACUCAUGCUCUGGGAAUUUUUUCAAGUGCAAUAGCAGCCAGGGAUGCUUUACAAAUGCAACACCCCAUGCUGAAAGUCCGGGCCCUAAGUGAAGCAGACAAGCAGUGUAAGCUUAAGGCUAAGAGAUGUGUAGAGUUUCUCCAACCAUACAAAGCUCGCCCGCAGACAAGCGCUUCUGCCGCUAGACGAUUGGUCACUGGAGCCCUGGGCUUAGCUCCCCGCGUGUCCAAAGAGAAGCGUGAGCAGGAGCGCCAACAGCUGCGAGAGGCUAAAGCUCGCAGACAACAGGACAGGAGAAACAAAGAUGAUGCCUGGGAAGGGAAUUACGGAAAGUGUGCAAUGGAUGAAGAAGGAAGUUGAUGAACUGUGUGCAGCCAUACAUCAUCAUGUCAUUGCUACACUUGCUAAAAUAAGAGCCAUUAACUGGAAUAAUUAGAAUGCCAUUUAAGGCAAACGGUGUGCUUUACUUCAGCACUCUUGUUUCGUACUUAAACAGGUUGUAGAGUAAGGGCAGUCUUGUCUCCAAUACAAACAAGCCAUGGACAGCCUGUUUAUAUCUCCAGUUAUCUCCCCUUGGCUACGUAACUGACCAUGGUUUGUCUUUGUGAAGACUGGGCAGUCAGAACUAAAUACUGCAUGUGGUGAGCAGUAACAUCCGAGCAGGUUCAUCAAGCAGUUAAUUCUUGUUAUAGCGAAGGCAAGAAACAGUACCAUAGGGGUUUUGAUGGUUGUUUGGCUGACAUACACUUACCAUUGAUAAGAAUCUCCCUUCAUCUGUAUAGACCCAAGGAUGAUCGUUAAAGACAAAAUGUUGCGUUCAGCUUUUAUGUGUGAUAAAAUUUUAUCACUUGUAAAAUAAAAUUAGUCAGGCUUAAACUGAAUUUUAGUUAAUGUUUUGAUUCUUGAGUUUUCAAUUCAUUUAUUUUGAAACCAAAAUUUCCUUUUCUGUUUUAAUAUUUACAGGCUUUAUACAGGUCUAAUGUUUGUACUUGCAUGAGAGUGCUAUACUUGUUUCAUAGGUUUGAUGGGACAUUUUAUACCGUGCAGUUUUAAAUAUUGAAUAUUUGUAUAUUUAUGCAUGGUGACAUUAUUUAAUUUUUGACAUGUACUGAACUGGACUUAAUCAGGAGGGACAUUUAUAAGACACAGGUAUCUUUAAGUAUUAAAAUGAACUUGAUAACUGAAAUAAUUUAUUUGAGGUUGAACAUAUUUUUGAGGAACUAUGGCAAACAAGUUUUAACAUUGGACAUAAAUUAAAUUACUGCGUUGUCAAUGGAUCCUUCCACUUUUGUACUGGAAAGUUUUUCACCU